AUGAAUAAUAAUGUAAAGAAUUGCUUGAUUCUUCUUGUGCAAGUCAUGAUCCUCCUAUCUCUGUUCACUUGUGUAUACUCCAGAGCUUUUGGUGCUCAUCGAAAUGGCUGGAAACCAGGUCACAAAAAGCAUAAAUAUAUCUCGGACAUUCCAUGGGACCCUGUGCUGAAGAAGCGAGAGCAGCUCUACCUGACGGUGAAUGAAUCCGACGAAUGCUGCCCCUCCGAGACCGAAAUAGUCCAGCCUCUGGGUGGGGUCUCGAAAUCCGGGAAGAUUCUGGAAUUGUACCGAGACCUCAACUCCACGCAGAGUUUCUACCAGACGUCUUGCAAGGAGGGAGUCAAAGGCCACGCUUGCAAAUACAUUGACGGCGACAGACGCCAUCGUUCCGUCUGCGUCCAGAGGUACACUUACUCAUAUGCUCUUGUACGCGAAUUCAACGAGAACGGGCCCUGGCGAUUGGACUACAUCAGGAUACGAAGUGGGUGCACGUGUGAAAUCAAGAACGUAAUUGUGUUUCUACUUGAAAAAAAGAAGACUGGAGAGACCCUGCAAGAGCUAGCAGGGGACGUCGAGAGAUUGUCUCAUCUGGCUUUCCGCGACUGCCCUGUAGAAGUUAAAGACAACCUGACCCUAAAUCGCCGGAGUUCAGGAUCCGGAAAUCCAGUAGGCUCUCCGGAUAGCGGACGUUAA